AUGUUGGUUAAAGUCUUCCGCUUGGCUCGAAAUCUGACUCCGAGGGUUGCCUCUUUUACAGCACUGUGGGACACGAUUGCAGCCGUUGGAGCCUCCCAUAACUCGGAAAUACAGGUUAAGCGGGGGCCGUCUGUCCACCUGGAACUCGUGAAGCAAAGUUUGAACUUAUUCGCGUUUGGAACGCUCCGGAAUGCCAGCAUUUACCGGUAUGCUGGCUUUCUGGUGUUGUCGGCUAUCUUUGACCGUCGCCGAAGAGUGGAUCGUGGCGUCGUUCUUCAGACCCAGAACGAAACAACCCUUGGGCCCUCCUCCCUCGUUCUGUCAAUUGCCCGCGGUCUCGCGGUGACAGGACCAACUCAAACCUCGAAACCACCGAUUACCCCGGGAUUCUCAUAG